UGUAAAGACAAUAAACGGUCCCACUAAUUCCAAUUGGGAUUAAUAACAAAUGUGGAAAAAUCUUGGAAAUUAAGCCACUAAAUCCGCUUGCACUUUGGCACUGGGCAGCGGAGCUUGACCGCCGCCGUGGGACAGCAAUCUCCUGGCCCCAAACCACAUUGGGAAUCUCCAUUUGGAGCUAUAACCGCCGGCAACCGGCUUCUCCACACCAUGGUUAUCAGCAGCAGCAGCAGGAGCAUGCCGCCGGCCAAUGGACCCGUGCCAGGUGGCAACGGAGGCUCCUCCCGCCUGUCCCUGUGCCUCAUCCACUUCGUGCUCGCCAUCAUCUCCGGCUGGGGAUUGAAACGUAGCACCGGCAGCCAGGCACUGGCCGCCUUUGGGAUCUACUUCGGGCACAGCCUGCUAUGCCUGCUGCGGCACACGCAUCCCAAUCCGGGUGCAGUGCAGCGACUGCUUUGCGACAAAUCCCGCAGGUACUCCUGCGUCCUCUUCGUCACCCUGGUGGUGGGUGAGCUGCAGGCCAUAAAUCCGGCCACCCGGAUGGCUGACUUCUUCGGUGCCGACUGGGAGCGCCUGGCCUUUGGACUCUGGACCAUUGUCCUGGCGCUGGCCGUGACCAGUUUGUGGUUUGGCGGAACGCGCAGUUCCCUUGGCGCCACGUUCAUCAAACUGGAUGCCGCCCAGCUGGGUCUAUGCGUACUGUGGAAUGUCCACUGUCUGUGGCGCAUCGCCCUCGUCGACGAGCACUGGUGGUCACUGGGUCUCGCCGGUCUCGUUCUGCUCAAUCACUUUGUGCUGUGGCGCCUGCCGCUGCACUACAACAUCACCCAGCUGGAGGUGGCCACCGUGGGCAUGUGUUUCAGCACCAUCUUUGCAUUGAAUGCGAUCCAGGAGCAACUGGAUGCGGUGGCCAGCUGAGGGCAACUCAAGUCGGGCAACCGGGGACGGGGACUGGAGCCCUGGUUGUCCAGGUCUAAGGCACACCUUCAUAUUUUCUACGAUUCAUUAUUAAUCACUAGCUAGCUAGCAAUGUUGUUGAACAAUACGUUUGUGUAAUAAACCAGAGUUCUUGGUUUGAAGCUUUAA